ACAUAAUCGGUUCAUUUUUUUUUCCAGAUUGAAGAAUGUUGAGGAGUUCACCCGUGCUACAAUUAAGAAAUUAACUCAAGGAAUGGCUGAAAACACCAAAUCUAUGGCAGAUGCUAAAACUGAUGAAGAAAAGGAUAAAAUUAAAACUAAAAAACAGAAUGCUACUACUGGGUUGCGUACCUGCAAUAAUAUUUUGACGAUGACGAAGCCAUUGCACGCAAAAGCUCCUUCUUUUAUUGGAGAUAAGCGAAUCAACCUUUCUUGGAAAGAAGUAACCAAGACUGUGUCACCUACCAUACCAGCUGCUGGAGCAAAACGGCCUGCUACUGCUGGCAAUGGAUCCAACAAUACUGCAUUAAAGAAGGGUCGAGGUUCUGGUGGUAUGCAAAAUCAACUUGUCAAUAGAGCGCUAGAUGGAGUAUCUGGUGGAGGGAGAGGCGGAUUUUCUGGUGGAGGUAGAGGUGGAUUUUCUGGUGGAGGGAGAGGCGGAGCAAGAGGCCGGGGCCGGGGACACAAUUCAACUGAAUGAUAACUUGUCAUUCGAAGUAUUACCUGUAAGAAUUGAUGAUAGGAAGAUUAAGCAAUUAAGGAGCUAGGAUGUUUCCUUGGUCAAGGUAAUUUGGAACCCAACUACUGGAGAUGCAACUUGGGAAUUGGAGAGCAAGAUGAGGGAACAACACCCUGAGUUGUUUAUCGAUGCGUAGUUUCGAGGACGAAACUAAUUUUAGGGGUAGUAAUGUAAGACCCAUAGUUUUUAAAUCAUAAAUUAUGCAAUUUUAGGGUAUUUUAGUGUUGAACUCUGAGGUUUUUUAGCCAAAUUAUUGUAUUUUAGUGUUUUGUGAAUUUAAUGCCAAAAAUAUUUUUUGAUCCCCGA